CUUCUCUCCCAUAUUCCAUCAUUAAUAGGUAACUAUAAUUUUGAUCUUUCAUUGGUUCUUUGAAUAGAGAACUCUUUCCUUUCCCCUGCACAACUCUAGAACUUAAUUUGUUCUUGUCCAUAUUGCCGUCUAGCAAAUAGUAAUUGGUAUUCCACAUCAAUUUGGAGUUUAAAUCUCUUAGUUCCAUGCUUAUGUUAGAAUAGGACUCCUCUCCUUGAAUCCCACUACUGAAUAAUCAAAAUUUUCUCAAAAGUUCGACCAUAAAAGGUUAAAGAACUAUUCUAUCAGAAGUGCCGAGUCCCAUGAUGAUGAAGGACCAAAAGCUUACUUCUGGCUUUCCAUCACUGAAGUUCUUCAAUGGUCCAUUGCAGUAUGUGAAUCUCUUAGCCUUUCUGUUGUUCUUUGCCUUUGGUCUGACGGCCGGAGUUUUUCUUAGUUUGCAAUUCAAAAACGUCACAUUCAAUUUACUGGUCAAUGAUGGCCAAAUCUCUCUAUCUUCAUCACCAUCACGACCAUCACCACCACCACCAGUAACAACGGCAUUGCCGCCGCCGCCGCCAGGGAAGGUGAUGAAGCAUAAAGGGUUGGCGGAUUUACUAGAGCCACCUGAUAUUAUGCACGAUAUGAACGAUGAAGAGCUCCUGUGGAAAGCUUCAAUGACUCCUAAGAUUCAAGAAUUUCCAUUCAAACGCGUCCCCAAGGUUGCAUUCAUGUUUCUGACGAGAGGGCCGGUGAGCUUAGCACCCCUCUGGGAGAAAUUCUUCAAAGGGCAUAAGGGGCUUUACUCCAUUUAUGUGCAUCCAAAUCCAUCAUACAAUGGAUCAGAGCCGGAAGGUUCUGUGUUUCAUGGCCGGAGAAUUCCCAGUAAGGAAGUUCAAUGGGGAAAUGUUAAUAUGAUUGAAGCUGAAAGAAGAUUACUAGCCAAUGCUCUACUUGACGUAUCAAACCAACGUUUUGUUCUCGUAUCUGAAGCAUGCAUACCUCUAUUCAACUUCUCCAUUGUCUAUAACUAUCUAAUGAACUCAACAUUGAGUCAUGUGGAGGUAUAUGAUCAAGCCGGUCCGGUGGGACGUGGCCGAUACAGUAGGCAAAUGCUGCCCUUGAUCAAAAUUGAAGAUUGGAGAAAGGGUUCCCAAUGGUUUGAAAUGGAUAGAGAUCUUGCCCUUGAGGUUAUCUCAGAUAAGACGUAUUUUCCAGCCUUCCAACACUAUUGCAAGGGCUCAUGCUAUGCUGAUGAACAUUAUUUGCCAACAUUUGUGAACAUGAAAUUUGGGAAGAAGACUUCUAAAAGAACUUUGACUCAUGCUGAUUGGUCCAAGGGAGGACCUCACCCCAUGAGCUUUUACAGAGAUAGAGUAACUGCGGAGCUUCUGGAGAAGAUGAGGAGCGGAAGCAAUUGCGUACACAAUGGGAGCAAAAACGAUACCUGUCACUUGUUUGCAAGGAAGUUCCCACCUCAGUCUUUGGAUAGAUUGGUGAGGUUUGCACCAAAGCUCAUGCACUUCAACCAAUAAUAUAGGAAGAGAACACGUUUAUGAUCACUUAUUUUGCACUGAUCUUAGAGUCAAAUUCCUCUACCACAUUUGAUUGUUCAUUAUUUCCUUGUUAGUUGUAUUCUUUUAUUCUUAGAUUAUGUGGGGAAAAUACCUCUACAUGCAGCAAAAGAAACCAUUGAGCUGUUGUACAUGGCGAAGAAAGUUAUUGAAGUGUACAUACUUUUUCGUACCACACUAUUUGCG